CUUCUUGCAAAGUUUUCUUUGCUAAGGACCCUCUGAAGAUAGUGCGUGCUCAGGGCCAAUAUAUGUUUGAUGAGAAAGGAGAAAAAUACCUAGACUGUAUCAACAAUGUUGCACAUGUUGGCCAUAGUCACCCAUAUGUGAUAAAGGCUGCGACAAGGCAGAUGGAGCUGCUCAAUACGAACUCCCGGUUCCUGCACGACAACCUCGUUCAGUACGCACAGCGCCUUACGGCCACCCUGCCCGAGAAACUCUCCGUCUGCUACUUUGUUAACUCUGGGUCUGAAGCAAAUGAUCUUGCUUUACGACUGGCUCGCCACUACCAUGGGCACCAAGAUGUGAUCACCCUUGAAAAUGCUUACCAUGGCCAUGUUACAUCUCUGAUUGACAUCAGUCCCUAUAAAUUUAAUCAGCUGGGAAAGGACAGCAAGAAGGAUUUUGUGCAUGUGGCUCCUUCACCAGAUAUCUACAGAGGGAAAUAUAGGGAAGACCACCCAGACCCAGCAAGUGCUUAUGCUGAAGAGGUGAAAAAAAUUAUUGAAGAAACACAGAAGAAUGGACGCAAGAUUGCUGCCUUCAUAGCCGAAUCCAUGCAGAGCUGUGGAGGCCAAAUAAUUCCACCUGUGGGCUAUUUCCAGAAAGUGGCAGAGUAUGUGCAUGCAGCAGGUGGAGUGUUCAUAGCUGAUGAGGUCCAGGUUGGCUUUGGCAGAGUUGGGAAGCAUUUUUGGGCAUUCCAGCUGCAAGGUGAAGAUUUUGUGCCUGACAUUGUCACCAUGGGAAAGCCCAUUGGCAAUGGCCACCCUAUGUCUUGUGUGGUCACAACAAGAGAAAUUGCUGAAAGUUUUGGUGCCUCUGGACUGGAGUAUUUCAAUACAUUUGGAGGCAAUCCAGUGUCUUGUGCUAUUGGUUUGGCUGUGCUGGAUGUAAUAGAGAAAGAAGAUCUCCAAGGAAAUGCUACACGUGUAGGAAAUUAUCUCCUGGAAUUGCUGGCUGAGCUAAAGAGGAAACAUCCCUUAGUGGGAGAUAUCAGGGGUGUUGGAUUGUUUGUUGGAGUAGAUCUGGUGAAAGAUGAACAAAAGCGAACACCAGCCACAGCUGAAGCCCUUCACCUUAUUUACAAGCUGAAAGAGCAUCGUAUCCUUCUUAGUGCAGAUGGGCCCCACAGAAAUGUACUGAAAUUUAAACCACCAAUGUGUUUCACAAUGGAGGAUGCAAAACAUGCAGUGGAGACAAUUGAUGCACUUCUCACAGAAAUGGAAGAGGCAACUGGAAUGAAGACAGAAAAUAAUGCUUCUACAAAUGCACAGUGUAAAAUAAAACAACUGAAGGGAGUUCUCAACCAGAAGGUGCAAAUGAAAGCAUCGGCCAUAUGAGUGGAGCUGCCUGCAGACAAGAAGAUGGGCUUCAUUCUAAAAAACGUGCAGUGCCAAGUAACAGAACAAGAACAUGAAGAGGGAAGGUUUUCCCCUUUCGGUUUGAAUUUGUGUCCAGCUUGCUUUUGAGAUGAAGAGUGCAAUAGUCUUGAGUCCUAGGAUCCAUUUGAAGCCUAGUUCUACCUUCCACAAACUGUCUAAAUUCCUAUUAGCUUCAGCAAAAUACCUUUUCAGAUACAUGAGAACUGCACCAUGUGGCUUGAAAUCUAGAUGUGACAGAGUGGACAAGUGAUAAACAAAUCCCUUGGUGCUGAUGGCAGGCUUGACAUAAGUACACAAACUCUGUGG